AUGUCCAGAGACGCGGCCUCAUCGGGCUCCGAUCGGACCGUGGACGUGAUAGACCUGGGCGCCCCGCGCGAGCUGCGCGACGCCGGCCCGCGCCCGCCGCCCGCCGCCCGCGCGCCCCGCCUCUACACGCCCAACCCCAGGCUGGUCGCCCGAGUCGAAGCCGGCGCGUUUUCCGACGACCGGUGCCGAACGCGCGACUGUACCGGCCGGCGCCGCGCCGCGUGCCCCCGCCCCCCUCCCCCCGGCGGCCGUGGCCCCCGCCCGCGCCCCCGCUGCCCCUCGCGCACACCGCGUCGCGGGCGGCCUACCGCCUGGCCGCCCGGCGCCGCGCCUCCCCCCGCGCGUCGCCCCCGCGCCCGCCCGCGUCCCCGCCCACCGCUGAGGCCGUCGCCGCGCCGCUCCCGCCACCUCGUGGUGACGCUGCCCCCGGCCGUCGCCUCCGCUAUGGACUCUAACUAUCGCCACUCCACCAGCCCCGAAGACUGCUCGGACGGCAACGACAACGACGCCGUAUCCGCUCCCAGCGAAUUCCUAGCCGAGUUCCUGUCGGCGAUAAUGCAGCGGCAGUACUCGGAAGCGCUGAAGUACUGCAGAUUGAUUCUGCAGUACGAGCCCCACAACGCCACCGCUCGGGGCUUCUACCCGCUCCUGCAGCACAAGUGGGUUGUGCGGGGGCGGCGGGGGCGGCGGGGUCGCAGCUCAGCCUCAGCGACAGCAGCGGGGCGGCGCCCCCCUCGCGCUCGUCGUCCCGCUCGCACUCGCACCCGCGCCGCCGACAUCGACAUCGCUCGCACUCUGACUCGCCCCACUCCAGACCCGUACGUAACCGAACUUAUUUUGGCACGACUGUCGCGCCAUCUGGAGGAUGGCGGCGGAUGGUCCGCGGGCUCGGAGUCGUGGGGGGGGUCGGGCGCGUCGCAGUCCUCGCUGGAGCUGGACUCCUCCAGCGGCGACCGCAGCGGCGACCGCACCGCCUCCAGCACAAGAGACAACAACGGGAACGAACCGCCGCCCCACCACGUCACCACCGAUGACCUGGAAAACGACAAUGACGUAUCGGCACCGACGACUUUUCAUCGACCAAAAUGGAAAGCCUGUGUUACUAUAUGUGCAGGAGACAUCGUCCGGCGGGGCGGCAGCGCUGAGGCGGCUGCGAGCACACUUCGCUUGCUCCAUCAAGUGAAACCCUCAGCAGCCGACGCCUUCGCUCGCACACGCAGACUUGUCCCCGACCCUACUGGCGGAUCUGCUGAUCGAGAGUGA